AUGGAGCAGAGUAGCGACAAUCGAGGAAGUGGCGGCUCUGGCCGUGGUCAUUGCGGCACCAGAAGUAAUCGUGGUGGCGGUGGCGGCAGAGGUGGGAAUUACCCACGUAACCAGCACCAUCAGCAGGGUCAGUAUCAAAGUGGUGGUGGUGGAAGAGGAGUGGGUAGGGGUCGGGUUCCCACCCAGACCGGUGAUCAGCAACGGGGUAAUAGGCCGGGUCAAGGAGGUCAAGGUGGUGGCAAUUACAGGCCACACCAACAGAGUGGUCAGGGUGUGGGGCCUGCAAGGGUGGAAUCAAGUGAAGGGUGUGUGGUUGGUGGACGAGGAGGAGCGGGUGGUGGAAGAGGAGUGUGGACUGCGAGGCCUUCGGGACCCACUUUUGUGCCUGGUCAAUCCCAACCUCAGUCCUUGCCUGCUCCUGUUAUUCCAAAUAUCCAAUCAUUGGAAAUUUCAGAGCAGAAGCCACCAUCAACUCUUCUGGAUGGUAGGGAGAAAAAACUUCCCAUAAAACGGCCUGACAACGGGGGCAAGCUUGCAAUCAGGGAGGUAAGGCUUCUCGUCAACCAUUUUCCUGUCAGUUUCGAUCCAAAGAGGAUGGUAUUCCACUAUGACGUGGAUAUUAAACCAGAUAUGUCUCCACACAAUUGUUCUGCAAAGAAAUCAAUGUCAAAAUCUGUUCUGCGUUUGAUCAAGGACAAACUAUUCUCUGAUGAUCCAACGCGAUUUCCUCUGAACAUGACUACUUAUGAUGGCGAGAAGAACAUUUUCAGUGCAGUGCCAUUGCCCACGGGGAAUUUCAAGGUGGAAUUGUCUCGUGGGGAAGAGAUGAAGAGCCGCUCCUAUAUAUUGACAGUUAAGUUAGUAAACGAGCUGAAGUUUUCCAAGCUAGAGGAUUACUUGAGUGGAAACCUUUUGUGUAUCCCUCGUGAUAUACUACAGGGGAUGGAUUUGGUAAUGAAGGAGAAUCCGUGUAGGCAUAGGAUCUCUGUUGGGCGAAGCUUUUAUUCCAAAGAGUUCAGGGAGCAAGAUGACCUCUGGUGGGGCGUUGCAGCGUUUAGAGGCUUUCAACAUAGCCUAAAGCUCACCUCCCAGGGUACAGUCUUAUGUUUGGACUCUUCAGUUAUGGCAUUGCGUAAACGAUUGCCGGUCAUAGAAUUCCUUAUGGAGCAUUUUGAUGUAAGUGAUGUCAGAAAGUUGAAAAGAGGAAUGAUGACAAGUGCAUUAAAAGGAUUGAAAGUUAAUGUAACUCACCGCAACACCACACAGAAGUUUAUUAUAGCAGGGUUAAGCAGUCAAAAUACAGGAGAUCUUAAAUUCCCUCUUGAAGAUCCAGAGGGGAAGCAUCCACCAAGGGAAAUUAGCCUUAUCGAAUAUUUCAGGGAGAAAUAUAGGACAGAAAUUAUGUACAAGGAUGUUCCCUGUCUAGACUUGGGGAGAGGUGAUCGAAAAAAUUAUGUGCCUAUGGAAUUUUGUACUUUGGUGGAGGGGCAAAGGUAUCCGAAGGAAGACUUGGAUAGAGACACAGACUGGUUAUUGAAGAAAAAAUCAAUGCCUCGACCGAAGGAAAGGAAAAACAUUAUCUGUGAGAUGGUGCAGGCUGAAGAUGGACCUUGUGGAGAUGUAGCUCAAAAUUUUGGAAUUGUAGUUGACACUGCCAUGACAAGAGGACUUGGUCGUGUUAUUGAACCACCUACUUUAAAAGUUGGCAAUGGGAAUAUGAUAAGAGUUGACAGGGAGAAAUGUCAAUAUAACCUCGUUGGUAAAUCUGUGGUGGAAGGCAAGCCAGUCGAGCGAUGGGCCUUGAUAGAUUUCAGUUCGUUUGAUCGUUAUAAUAAGCUGAAUUCUGGUGUUUUCAUUCAGAAUCUGAGAAAUAGAUGCAGAAGUCUAGGCAUCCGCAUGGAGGAACCUGUUGUGCACCGUUCCACAGACAUGCAUGAAUUCUCUGGUGUCAAUGCAAUUCAAGAACUUCUUGCAAGUGUGGUUAAGGAGGCUAAUGGGAAAUGUAAGGGUCCGUUACAAAUUAUUGUUUGUGUGAUGACCGUGAAGCAUCCUGGAAAAAAGGAUCUUAAAUGGGUCUCUGAGAUUCAGAUUGGGGUAUUGACUCAAUGUUGCUUGUCCAGUACUGCCAACAACAAAGGGGAUGAUCAGUAUUAUGCUAACGUUGCUCUCAAGAUUAAUGCCAAAGUUGGGGGUAGUAAUGUUGAACUAAUUGAACGACUCCCCUGUUUUGAGAGUGAAGAACAUGUUAUGCUUGUGGGGGCUGAUGUCAAUCACCCUGGUGCGUGGAAUGCAACAUGUCCAUCAAUCGCCGCGGUUGUUGCGACAAUGAAUCCAGCUGCCAAUCGUUAUGCCGCAAGGAUUUGUCCCCAGGAGCACCGAAAGGAGAAGAUUCUGAAUUUUGGAGAGGUCGCUGAAAAUUUUGGAAUUGAAGUUGAGAAGACCAUGACAAAAGUAUCCGGUCGUGUCAUUAAGCCACCUAACUUGAAGGUUGGCAAUGGUCAAAGUGUGACAGUUGACAGGGAGAAAUGUCAGUGGAACCUCUCUGGUAAAUCUGUGGUGGAAGGCAAGUCACUCGAGCGAUGGGCCUUGAUCGAUUUCAUUUCAUUUUCUAAAAUGAAUGCUUGUACUUUCAUUGGGAAUCUGAGAAAUAGAUGCAAAAAUCUGGGCAUCCGUGUGGAGGAGCCUGUUGUGUGCCAUUUUACUGGCAGGCUUGAUUUCUGUAGUGUCACUGAAAUUCAGAAACUUCUUGAAAGCGUGGUUAGUGAGGCUAAGGGGAAGUGUAAGGGCCGGUUGCAACUUAUUGUUUGUGUGAUACCCAAAAACAAUCCUGUCAGAAAAUAUCUUAAAUGGGUCUCUGAGACUCAGAUUGGGGUACUGACUCAAUGUUUCUGUACUGACCAGUAUCUUGCAAACCUUGCUCUUAAGAUUAAUGCCAAGCUUGGUGGUAGCAAUGUAGAGCUAAUUGAACGGCUCCCCGGUACUGAAGGUGAGGAACAUGUUAUGUUUAUCGGGGCUGAUGUCAAUCAUCCAGCUGCACGAAAUGUGACAUGUCCAUCAAUAGCAGCGGUUGUUGCAACAAUGAACUGGCCUGCUGCCAAUCGCUAUGCUGCAAGGAUUUGUCCCCAGGAUCACCGCAAGGAGAAGAUUCUGAAUUUUGGGAACAUGUGUUUGGAUCUAGUCAAUACUUAUGCUCGACUUAACAAAACCAGGCCAAAGAAAAUUGUGAUAUUUCGGGAUGGGGUAAGUGAAGGCCAAUUCGACAUGGUUCUCAAUGAAGAGUUACUUGAUAUAAAGAGGGCCAUAUGUACUGAAGAUUACCACCCAACAAUGACUCUUGUUAUUGCCCAGAAGAGACACCCGACCCGCCUGUUUCUUGAUAAUGGCGGGGGGGCAUCCCACAAUGUGCCUCCUGGAACAGUUGUGGAUACAACAAUCGUUCAUCCUUUUGAAUUUGAUUUUUAUCUGUGCAGCCACUAUGGAAUCAUUGGGACAAGCAAGACAACGCACUACCGUGUCCUGUGGGAUGAGAAUACUUUUACGUCUGAUGAGUUACAGAAGCUGAUAUAUCACUUGUGCUUCACCUUUGCAAGAUGCACCAAGCCUGUCUCAAUUGUGCCUCCAGUUUACUACGCUGAUCUUGUCGCGUUCAGGGGACGCGAAUAUCAAGAGGUAGUGAUGGAGAUACAGUCUCGUGCUUCAUCAUCAUCUUCGGUUUCUGUUGCUUCACUUGAUGAGAGGUUCUACAAACUGCACCCAGACAUUGAGAAUGAUAUGUUUUUCAUUUGAGCGGCCAAACAUGGCCAUCUAAAUCUCCUUCCCUAUUCUCAGUAGUGGAGGAGAUAUGGUUAACUGCUGGAUUUGCCCAAACGCUACUCAAUCUCCUUUUCUAAGCACUAGUGAAGGAGUUUGUGCGUGAAUCUAAUUUGGGUUUCAUGUGUACACUUUGAGCAUGAAUCCAACAGGGUUUCAUGUCCAAGUACUGCCUGUUCACAUGGUUCUUGAUGCCAUGUAGAAUUAGAGGCAUGGUAUAGCCACUGUUAAGUAGGCUAUAAGUAGUGUGUUUUCUUUUACCAGUGUGUGUGUGCGUGUCUUUUCGCGUUUGUUGUUUGGUUUCCUGUUCUGUUUACCUGUCCUGUGAGUUAAGUUGGGAGUAUGGUGAGUUGGGUUUGAUGUGUGUUGCUUUUAGCUAUGGAGACUGUAAUGUUUGGAAAUAAAUAAAGGGGUUUGAUCCUUGUGUAUGUUUCUUGCUAAAUAUGAAUGUUAUGUCAAGUUUGAUUUUGAUUU